ACAAGUAUCUGAUUGUGGCAACUGGCUUAUUGUUACUCCUCUGAAGGACUGCAGAGAUAAUUUAGUAUAUUUUACGCCAUUAAAACCUGGAAUGAGUAUAAGCAGCAACUUGCCAUUAACGCAGGUUGUCGAUAAACUUGAAGCUGAUUAUGAAUAUGUGACUAAUGUUGGUACCAAAGCUGUGUUCCGCACAAAUAAAAAUGCAUCUAACUACAAAUUGAUAGCUAUAGAUUUGUUAGAUUAUGGACAAGACAAAUGGGUUGAUCUAUUGCCAGAACAUCCUGAGAAUGUACUAGAUUGGGCUACUGCUGUUGAUGGAGAUAAAUUUGUUGCUUGUUAUAUACAAGAUGUUAAGAAUAUUUUACAACUUCAUAGUUUAAAAUCUGGUGAAAUUCUUAAAACAUUCCCUCUUGAUCUUGGCACUGUUGUUGGAUUCUCAGGAGAGAAAAAAUAUUCUGAAAUAUUCUACCAAUUUACAUCGUUCCUAACUCCUGGCAUCAUAUAUACAAUCGAUUUGAAAAAAGAAGAGAAACCACGAGUAUUACGAGAAAUUAAAGUAAAGGGUUUUGAUGCAAGUUUAUAUAAGACUAGUCAAAUAUUUUAUACAAGCAAGGAUGGUACAAAAAUCCCCAUGUUUAUAGUAACAAAGAGUGAUGCCAUAUUGGAUGGAACUAUGCCAGCUUUACUUUACGGAUAUGGUGGGUUUAACGCGAGCAUUCAGCCUACGUUCAGUGUUACAAGACUUGUUUUUAUACAACAUUUAAAUGGAGUACUUGCUGUUGCUAAUGUUCGUGGAGGAGGUGAAUAUGGAGAAAAAUGGCAUAAUGCAGGACGCUUCUUCAAUAGGCAAAAUGUAUACGAUGAUUUUCAGUAUGCAGCAAAAUAUCUUGUGGAGAACGGAUAUACUACUUCAUCAAAGUUGACAAUUCAAGGUGGCAGUAAUGGUGGUCUGGCUGUUGCUGUAUGCAUAAAUCAGAGACCUGAUUUAUUUGGCGCAGCCAUAGCUCAAGUGGGCGUUAUGGAUAUGUUACGUUUUCAUAAAUUUACUAUCGGUUCUGCUUGGGUUUCGGAUUACGGAAGCUCUGAUGAUCUCAAGCAUUUUCAGAAUCUGUUGAAAUACUCACCCUUGCAUAAUGUAAGAGUACCACCAGAUGAUGUACAAUAUCCUGCAACGCUGCUUCUGACUGCUGAUCAUGAUGAUCGAGUUGUACCAUUGCACACUCUUAAAUUAAUAGCAACUCUUCAGCAUACACUUGGAAACGUAUCAAAGCAAACAAAUCCUUUAUUUGUAAGAAUAGAUACUAAAGCAGGUCAUGGAGGUGGAAAGCCCACUAUGAAAGUGAUUGAAGAAAGUACCGACAUCUUAUCGUUUAUUGUACAAUCUUUGGGUUUGGAAUUUAAAUUGUAAUUAAUGCUUGAAGAAAAAUUUAAAUCCAAUAUUUUGCAUAAAUCUUUUAAAAAUCAAGAAAUUGUAAGGUAAUAUAUCGCUAAAAAUAUAUAUGCGAUUAUUAUAUGUAUUGAAAUGUAUUGUUGCAAAUUCAUCUGAUAUGCUUAAACUGCAAAUUUUUUUAUAAUAAUGUGUCUUUAUUGUCAAAUAAAAAAACGAUGAAAUUUAUAUUUUUAUGCUAA